GUAUUCGAGAUUCCGCUGUUCGGCCGAUAGAGAAACAGCGUUGCAAAUUGUUUGUCAAUAUUUUGGAGUUUCAUAAUAUUUUAACGAAUUUGUAAUAGUUAUGAUACGUUCACCUUUAUAUUUUUAUAAUGAUAUAUCCGAAGUGAAGAAAUAUUUUGAUCUUUGAUCCUUUAAAGUGAUUGCUGUCCCAAUUUUUCCUAUCGAGGGUAUGGAAUAUUUCAAUGUGUGCACGCACACACACAUACAUACACACAUACGCAUAGAAUAAUAGUAUCUAAUAUAUGUAUAUGAUACAUCGACAAUACUGUCAACGAGUGCGUUGUGCAUGUGCAGCGAUGCUACUAGUAUAUGCAACGCUGAAAUCCCAUCUGUUUGAUUAAGAAGGAAAAUGUUGAAAAUAUUUCUUAACAUUGAAAAGAAUUGACUAUAUUUAAGAUAGAUCUUAUCCAAUUGCAUGGAACUUCAAUUAUAUUUAUAAAUGGUGAAAAAAUGCAAUCCUUUUUUAAAAGUGAAACCUUGAUGUAAAAAGGAAGAGAAAAACAAUACACAAAAGGAUAGGUAAUUUUAAAUGUAAAGAAGAAUCUUUUAUCUUGUCACUCCAUUUUGGUAAGUCGACAAGUCAAGAUAAAUAUUCAUUUUGCAAAUUUGCUGAUAUUAUAAAAAUCUUAUUUAUUUUAUAUCUCUUCAAUAUGUAUAUGAACAUAUAUGCCAAACAUGUAUGUUAUCAAAACAAUGAUGUAUCCAAGAUAUGUAGGUGGUCGAUUUAACACGGAUGCAUACAUUAGACAAUUGUGUAUCCUAUUUAGUUGAUGCACAAAAUAUUGUCUUAGAGACAUUUGUUAUUUUUAUUGCAUAUCUUUAUUCUUGCUCUUUUUGAGCAUCCUUAUUGUCAUAGAAUAUUCAGUGUUCACAAAAUCACUUUUAAUGAGGCUGAAAUCACGAACAAGAAGGCAAACUCUCUUUUGAGAAAGUACAGUGUUUUACGACUGACUUUGAUGAACAAUGAACCAUUCCGGAAGCGGAAAACGUCAGGCGAAGGUUCUGGAAGAAAAUUAUUGGGACUGCAGUGUCUGCACAUAUAGAAAUACAGCGGAAGCAUUUAAGUGCCUCAUGUGUGACGUCCGCAAAGGAACUUCCACGCGGAAACCCCGCAUUAAUCCUCAAUUAGUGGCACAACAGGUUGCACAACAGCAAUAUGUGCCACUUUUAAAGCCUGGCAAAAAAGAAGGAAGUAGUGGUAGUAGUACAACUAGCAGUGGAAAAGAAAAAGACCGCAAACUGGACAAACCAAGGCGCAAGAGUAGGCAUCCACCUCGUCUUAAAAAUAUAGAUCGUAGUACGGCUCAAACCAAUGAAGUAACGGUAAAUAAUGUUACCGUUGUUAUUACUGAAUAUAAACCAAAAGUUAAAAAAAGUUCGGAUCAGUCUGGUAUUUCCAGCAGUGCUUCUUCUGAAAAUGGAAGUCAGCAUGAUUCCAACCAAGACUCUAGAAGUCUGGAUAUAGGAACUGAUGCCUAGGUCAAUACUAUGUCACAUAUAUGUGUGGAUUAUUCUAAUUAAUAUAUUAUAUGUCAGUUUCCAUGUACAGUUGUACACCUUGUGGGCAAAAGCGACAAUUUUGUCUAUCUGUUACAGCUACACAAUAAGUCAGGCAUUUUAUGCUAUCAAUGGAAUCUUUAUUUUAUACUAUUUUCUUAAUAAUCUGUACUAUUAAAGACAAGUUAUUUAUAAUAUAAGAAAUUGUACUUA